UCCAACUUUUCUCUUCUGGUACUCUUCAUGGCUUGUCAGCUCCGCACCAACUCUCUCCUUCCUCUCUUUCUCCUUACCUUCUUCCUUCUCCCUUUAACACUUCUUUCAAGCUAUCCAAACAAUGGAAGAGAUGAGUUCAUGAAAUGGAUAUCAUGGAAUGUCCAAAACUACAAAGGAACUGCAGCAUUGCAGCUGAACUCCAAUUCAGGAGCGCUUGGUGGUGGGCCGAGAGCCCUUGACGUGAAGCUGGCCAAGGCAGAAGCAGCAGCAGUGAGGUACAUUGUGAGCCAGGAUGGAAGUGGGAACUAUAAGAGCAUAAGGGAGGCUAUAGACAGCAUUCCUUUGCACAACACAAGGAGAGUCAUCUUAGAGAUCAGACCUGGAAUCUAUAGAGAAAAGAUAGUCAUUCCAAAAUCCAUGUCCUUCGUCACCUUCUUAGGCAAUGGCACGAGCCCACCGGUCAUAACAGGGAACGACACGGCCGCCACAAGGGGGAAGGAUGGAGUGCCCCUAAAUACAUUUCACAGUCCCACUGUUGCUGUCAAUGCUAACUACUUCAUUGCGGCCAACAUUAAGUUUGAGAACACAGCUCCAUACCCGGAAGUGGGGACGAUGGGAGGACAGGCGGUGGCCCUUCGGAUCUCCGGUGACAAGGCCGCCUUCUAUAAUUGCAGCUUCUAUGGGUCUCAGGACACAUUGUAUGACCACAAGGGCCUUCACUACUUCAACAACUGCUUCAUCCAAGGCUCCGUGGAUUUCAUUUUUGGGUAUGGGAGAUCUCUAUAUGAAAACUGCUAUCUGAACUCCAUCGCAAAGAGGGUGGCGUCACUCACUGCUCAGAAGGGGAGCAUCAAGACCAUGGAGAGCGGGUUCUCAUUCGUUCGGAGUGCGAUUACUGGAAGUGGUCUGGUUUACCUUGGGAGGGCAUGGGGAGACCACUCAAGGGUUGUCUUCUCCUACACAUUCAUGGACAAGGUGGUCAUACCAGAAGGGUGGAACAGCUGGCGCAUCCAACAGCCCGAAACGAGUGGCGUGUACUAUGGGGAGUACCAAUGCAGCGGACCAGGUGCCAACUGGACGGGGAGGGUCCAUUGGGCUCGUCUGUUGACCGACGAAGAGGCCCAACCUUUUCUUGGCACCUACUAUAUCUAUGGGGAUUCCUGGUUAUUGGGCCCACCAUCUGCUUAGGUUUUUGUCUUUGACAUUAGUAUAGGCCCACUCCGUCAAGCUAUUCGAGUAGCGGAUAGCCAUAUGUCAGAUGCUAUGAUGUCCCUAAGAAAAUGUAAGACGUUUCCUUAUGUGCACAUUAUUGAUGCAAGCAUCAACUGAAAUUCCCUAUAGACCACAGACAUACUAUAAUUACUUGUUAUGGUAAUAUACUGAUAAUAUUAUCAAAUUUCCAAUGUAGACAAGCAGUAUCUGAUAUGUUUUGGAGCAUUAAUUUACAU